AAAAGCGAACAUGGAAGUGUGGAUCCGGCAGAGGCAGACGUUGACGAACAGCUGAUCGUCACAACAGCUGAUCAACAACAACAAGUUACACGUAAAUGUGAGACGCCUUUGGAAUAUAGAAAAAUAUAAUAAAAAAAAUGUCAGAAGAUGAGGAGAGAGAACCUAGUUUACAACUAGCCAUUAUACGAGAAGUUUAUGACAGUGACUCAGCACAGGAGAAGUUUGAGAUGGAACUGGAAAGAGCCUUAGAAGCUGGCAUACACACAAUUGUUAUCGAACCAACAACCCUAGGGGACGAAACGGCUAGAUGGAUUGCAGUCGGAAACUGUCUUCACAAAACCGCAGUGUUAGCAGGCUUUGGAUCAAUAGUGUCAGGUUUGAUCUGGCGAGACACUGCUUAUGUUUGUGUCCCUCUCGGCACUCUGUCUCUGUUCUGUACUGGCGUUUACACGGCAUCAUGGCAGUUUGACCCUUGUUGCAAGUAUCAGGUUGAAUAUGACUCUGGACGCCUGUCACGACUGCCUCUCCAAUCCCUGUCAUCUGCGUCACCCAUUGUCUUGGUGCACAAGGAUGAUUCUCGAAGAAAGAUACUACACAACUGUGUUUCUCUAGUUGCAUUUUCAUACUGCAUGUGGAGACUGUAUCAGCUGUAUAAAUAGAAUAUUUAUAUCAUAUAAGUGUAUCAGAUAAAUUAUUGAAUCAUGGUAGGAGAUUUUCCAUUGAAGGUGAAGAGAUGUAUGAAUAUUAUGAGUUUGUAAAUCACCUGUCGCUCUGUUGUCACUGAAGAUUUUUUUAUAGGCAAUGUUUCAUUUGAUUUGAUAGAGAAUCAUAAUCUUAUUCACAA